ACUUUCCAAGUAGGACCCUUUUUACUCCUUCCUACGCACACACAAACCCAAUUCCCAUCUAGAAACCCUAAAUUUCGCAAAACCCUCACUGUACCGUCUCUCCAAUGGCACCCAAGCGCCCAUCUCCUCUGGAUGAGCCUCCGGCUGCUUCUUCUUCCGACGAAGAGGUAGCUUCGUCUGAAGAAGAAGUAGACGGAGAAGAAGAGGAAGAAUCCGGAUCCGGGUCCGAAUCAGAGUCCGAGGAACCCGAGCCUCCAAAGGCAGCACCCACUCCCGUUGCUGCGAAGAAACCGGACUCGGCUACUGUCAAUUCAAAGCCGCAGUCUUCAUCCUCUGGCUCAGAGUCCGAGUCCGAAUCCGAUUCGGAAUUGGAUAAGGAUAGGGUGGUAAAGCCGAUAGUUUCGAAGCCAAUGGAAGAGACGCCCAAGACCAAGAAACCCAGAUCGAAGGCCUCGGCUCUUACUACGCCGGCGGCAAGAGCCGGGCUGAAGCGGCCGAGCGAGAGCGACCUCAAGGAUUCCAAGAGGCCCAAGAAGAAGGUCACAGACCCGGAUCAGGAGCGAGAACAUGCCGGAGAGGAAAAGAAGGCGGGUGGAGACGACUCGAAGAAGCUGUUCCAGAGGAUUUGGAGCGAUGACGAUGAGAUAACAAUCUUGAAAGGCAUGAUUGAUUACUCUACCAAGAAAGGGGCGGAUCCAUAUUCUGAUAUGGGGGCGUUUCAUGAUUUUAUCAAGAAAUCGCUGAAGGCCGAUGUGAACAAGACCCAAUUGCAAGAUAAGAUUCGUAGGAUCAAGAAGAAGUAUGAGACUAAUGUGGCCAAAGGGAAGAAGUAUAAUCCUGUUAAGCCUCAUGAGCAAAAGUUGUUCGACUUGUCGAAGAAGGUAUGGGGCAGCGGCGAAGGGUCAAUUGGGCUCAGUGGGUUGUCUGAACAGUCCAAGUCUAAUGGGAAGGCUAGGACAAACCAGAAGGGUAACAAGACUUUGGCUUCACUUAAAGCUGAGCUUUUGAGUUCACCGGAGCGCCCAAAGGAGUGUGAGAAGGUGGAAUUUGGUCUGAAGCCGUCUGGUUCUGAAAGUUUGAGUGAGGUGAUUGGGUUUGAUAAGGGUUUCAGAGAGCUGGGUUUGCCGGAGGGUGUCGUGAAGCAGGGCUUGGAGUUGAUUGGAGGAGCCAAGCGAGCUGAGUUGAAGGAGAAGUGGAAGAAGCUGCAUGUUGCUGAAUUGGAGCUUUUUGUUAAAAAGAGUGAGUUGAUGAGAGAUCAGGCCAAGGUGAUUCUGGAGGCGUUAAAGUCAUCUGAGCAUUAGAACCUUAUAACAAGGCACUGUGUUGAUGUCUAACAAGACAAUGUUUAAAAGUUUUAGUAAUUGUUAAUUAAGAACUCUGUAGCAUUUAGCUGCCUAGUUUGUCUGUAUUAAAUCUUCUUUGCCCUUUGUUGUCCUUCUCUAUGAUGUUGAUUUAAAGUUAUUUAUGUGGCAUUGUUAUUGUCAGUUUUGUUUCUGUCCCUUGUGUUGUGUUAUUGGUGGUGAUGCCUUUGAUAAUUAUAAGCAGG